GGCUGACAAACCAACUUCUCUCAUCAAAUCGACUUCAUCACCCUUUGUUACCUCAUCGCCCACGUUAAACUUGAUUUCAGCUGCGGAUUCAAAUUCUCCUUCGGCUUCAGCCCGACUUGGUACGAUCCAUAUUGAGCCAUUUUCCAUGUCCGCCCCAGCUACUCAGACGGAUUCCGAUCAGCGACAUGCAGGCCUGGAACCACCCCUCUCUGCCUUUUCUGUCAGCCCGUCUUCGGCAUUGAGCUCUUCAGCCUUUUCGCCUCUUCUCCCCGGGUCUUGGCCUAGGUCACAGGUCUCGAUUGUAACUUCUCCUGAAGUGGCUCCGAUGCACGACCAAGAUUCAUUCUCUACGCAAUCUCCCGAAUCUCAGCCUCUGAGCUUGAUGAGCCUACCGAAUCGUGCUCUAAAUCGACGAUCUCUUUCACUCGGUGGCAUUCCAUUGGACUUGCAGGCUUCCCUCGCGCAUCUGACAACCCCUGAGCAUUCGUCUAUCCAACAUACGCAUUCGAAUUCAUCUUCUUGCGAGUCUAGUCGUCAAUUUACACAAAGUCCCACUGAGAGUCAAGAGCACAUGAACGAGUUUGACCUCAAACUCGAAAUCUUACAUCGCGCCAUUGAGCAAGGUGAUCUUGCGAGUCUUGAUCUGUCCACUCUCAUUCAGUGGGAUGACGAACCUGCAACCCAAAAUUUGAAACAUCGCCCUUCUAUCCCCACUUUGAAUACUCGACAGUCAUCCACCCCUAUCACACUUACCUCUUCUAUUGUGUAUUCAUCCGCUCCCCUCACUGCUGAAGAGCCGCUCUCACACACUGCUAGUACCAACAUCAACACCAACUUUUCAAGACGACUGGACCGCGCUUCAUCGCACCAUACCAAAUCUUCUAGUGUAUCCAAUCCAAUCAAUCUGACUACAUCCAUCAGGUCUCUCUCAAUACCCUCCGGGUUUCCCAUCGAAAAUCAAACAAUUAAACGUUCACUUCACACUCCACUGAUGUCUGAAACUGUCAACCUGGACGAUGAAUGUGAGAACUUGUCGUUCGAAACAGAAGAUCUGACCAGGGAUUCGAUUGAUGAUCUAUAUGGAUCCUUUGACGCUGUUCACCCUCCUCAAGCUUCCCCUUAUCGAACCACAUCUGCGAGCACCUCACGAACUGAUAUGACCGGUCACUUUCCCUCUCAGCAAAAUCGCGCCAAUAGCCUUCAUCCACAUCAAACACCGCCCAUUGCUGGAAGGUCUCGACAAAAUACCCUCUUCAUCACUCCUUUGGCUGAUCCCGAAUGUCAAACAAAUUUCGAUGGUCAUAACAAUAGCACACAAAGCAGAAUCCACGGUGUUGUGUCAAAUGGUAGCAAUCACGCCGCUGGGCAUGAUCAAAACAUCUCCACUGUGCACGCACCCACAUCUCCUGUUCGCUGCAGUCAUCCCAAUGGACCUUGGGAGGAUAAUUGGUCUACGAAGCCUUCACAACCACCUCAUAACACUUCCACUCAGUCGACUCCUUCCACAAUCAACGAACGAUUGAAGAAGUUUGGACGGAAAUUUGGCCUGAAUGGCGCCACGAGUAGUAAUUCGAAAGGCCACCAAUCUACUGAUCCACAUUACCAGCGAACGUCCCGCAGCUUUUCAACAGCUUCUCAAUCUUCACAGUUAUCCCCUGAACAUCAUCAGCAACAUACAUCAAUCUCACAUCAUCGUUCAAAUCAGCAGCCGCGUCGCUCGCCUAGUAUUAUAGCCCGAAAUUACGUGCGAGACAUCUUACCUGGUUUCAACCCUGCUAAUCAUUCUCGCCCUAAUACCAGGAGUGGUAGUAUCACUGAUUCUAUCCUUAGCCAUCGGUGGGACGCAUCCUCUCCCCCACCCUCUCAACCGCGUAAGUCGAAAGACUUCACCGCCAACACUCGAGGCCAGACUCCGAGAGAUGAUUUGCAAUUCUAUGCGGAACAGGUGGAAAGCCUAACGAUGCCAUUGUCUGCAAAAGCCGAUUCUCCACGAUUCUCCAGCGAAGCUGGCAUACAAAUGCCAGGCAGUUUCUCAUCAGGAUCAGCAGCGAUGGACACCCAAAGCCUCAGUAGAGCAGAUAGCGGUCGGGGGGACGGUGAUGCUCAAAGCGAGACUGAUGUUUUUUGUCUUCAAAGUAGUACCAACUCACAUCCUCGUCAACCAGCUGAGAAAGUCGCUGAUGCAAUGAGACUGGAUCAGAUCUUGAAGCAGCAUCAAGCAUCGGAGAAACAGUAUAUGCAUAAACUUACUCAGAACGUAGCUCGGCGAACACGUUACUCAUCUGAUGCUGAUCUCAAGUAAUCCUGGUGUAUUCAUGGCAAAGGUAGUUUGAACAAAGUUAUAUGUGAAUUGGAUUGAUUGUGGAUGUUAUGUUGCGUGCGUGCAUAGAUUUGUUUAAUACUGUAUAGGAUGACUUCUGAGUCAGAGACGAGAUUCUGUUUCGAAACCAAUAUCAUAUCACAAGACAUCAAAAAAGAUGUUGUAAAUUAAUUUUCAGGGGCUUAUUCAUAUGCUAUACCUAAUUCUGUUGUUCCUUUGAAUGAUUAAUAGUUUUUAUUUCUUCAUUGUUCUUUCGAGUUUGACAAUGUGGACACUUUAUUCCGUAUUGUAAUUUUUUAUUGGAAGAACACUUUGACAGGGCGAAAGAAUUUUUCACAU